CUCCUGCAGCAUGAGUGGCCCAAAAGCUGUGCCUCACCAUGGGCCUAAGACCAAUAUGGCUUCUGUGGGGGUCAAUACUGACCUUCAAGGGCUUAUUCAUUGCCAUUUGCCAAGAUUUUCAUACAGACAUGGGAUGAUCCCAAAGCACUAUGUGAUGCCUUGGAAACAAGAUAUGAAGUACCGAAAGAUGACUUUACAGCAUGCUGAUCUUGUUGGGAUAUACCAUGGUGCUCCUGAAGACACUCUGUUUUUGAACAAAAGUGAGAGGCACUGCCAUGGAGAGGACCGAAAGAAAGUCCUUCAGAAAGUACCACAGCAAAUGGCAGUUGAAGAUAUUCCCAUUUAUUCUCAUCUGUCCAGAUAUCACAAGUCCAUGGUAGCUUAUGGCUUCAGGAUCAAACUCUGAAGAGGGUUUCCCCCAACUACAAUUGUAUCCACUGUGGAUUUAAAAAGUGCUGCAAAA